AUGAAUGAGAAUAAGGAACUAAUGGCUAAAAUCCAGCAACUAAUAAGCGAAAGACGUCAGUACGAGCACAGUAAUCCUAACCGUAAAUUAAAUUUAGACAAGCCCGAGACUUCAAGCAGUAAUAAGCAUGCUGAUGAGACAAGUUUAAAGGUAGAAAAAAAUUAUGAGAAAUCAGAAAGGACUGCAAAAUCCGAAAUCUAUGAGCGCCAGAUCAGAGAGCUAACUCAUGAAAACCAAAAAAUUCGCGCCAAGCUAGUGCGUAGUGAGAAGAGUCGCCGCUUCUUGAAGGCUAAUACAGAAAAAAUUCUCGAAUCAACUCACGAGAUAUUGAAUGAAACAAAGGUCUCUGAUUACACCAAGACUCUAUCAUCAAGAAAGAAAAGAGUUAACUUGAAGCCAUCAUCUUCACGACCAGAGGAUCAGGACGAAAAAUCCACUCAGCUUCAGGAUUUAGAGAAUUCUGUCGCUCAGGAAUACUAUGAAUUGACCGAAGACCUUGUCGCAGCAGAUGAGACUUAUGGCGAGAGCCUCUCCGUCCAUGUCAAUAAUACUAGAAUUCGAUCAGAAAAUAUGGCAAAUGAUGAAACAUUCAACGUUUCAACUUCAUCCAAUUUUUCUGAUCUGUUAGGUGAAGGGCUUGCAGAAAAGUUGCGCAAUAGAGUUGAUGAACUAGGGGAGAUCCUCGAUCGUCGACGGACAGAGCAAUCUCAGAUUAUUCAUAAUGAGGCCCACAAGGAAACUCAAGCUGAAGAUACUGAACAAUCGGGUUGUAUUACAUCUUCUGAAGUUCCAGCUUCCCGUGCUCCCUCGGCCAUGGCUAAUGAAGAACGGCACCUUCGUAACCAAAGUCGUCGCCGAACGAUCACUCUCAAUGAACGUGACUCAACCACUGUAUCACGCACAUCUAUUCGACGUCACUCAGUGCCUGCAUGCCAGUCUUCUAUUCACAUAGAUCAGUCGAAAAUAGAAAAAAUCGCGACAGACAUGAAGGACAAUAACGAUGCCAAGGAUAGAACCCAUCUCUCAUCUUCCAAAGCCCCAAAACCCAGUUUCCAUAAAUCCUGCGACCACCAAGCCCAAAAUUGCACCAUUUGCCUUUGUAGUACUUCUGACAAGGAUUUACAAAAACCUAAUUAUCAUAUCAAAGUUGAGAAGCCAAUACCCGUCUCCAAUCGAAUACAUAUUACUACACCUUAUGGAGAUGACCCUACAAUACGCCCGUCGACUUCGCCUGGCCGAGCAUUGGCCACUGUUAUUAAGGGCCUCAAAGAAGAGAUUGAACAUACCGCACUAAAAUAUAAUAAUGUCCACAAGACUUACAUGUCACAUGACGCCUCUCUAGGUCGAAAAAUAAGAAAAGGACUUAGCAACUCUAUGAAAUCACUACACAAGGAAAUGGAAAUUAAAAAGGAUCAACUCUAUGCCCUGUAUGAUGUGCUUGAAGGGCAAAAACAAGCUCAACAAGAAAUGACUGAUGAAUUUUUAGACCUAACGCUCACCCAACUUGGAGUGGUUGUUGAUGAUACAUGGGAAGGCAUUGACUAA